UUGUUGAAGCGCUUAAUCAUUUGUUCGUUUUUGAUUAGUCAUCAAGUAGAAGCAUUAUUAUAUGCUUUCAAUAGCACAGUAGAAAGAUGAAUUAAGCACACUGCCAUUUAUCUGUUCAACUAAUAAUAUUCAGCAUUCCGACACCCCAUGCAUUGUUCGGAUCUCUCAUGUGGCCUGUGUAAAGAUUAAUAGACAUCAGUCUUUCAGGUGGACUGAUUAGUGUUGCCAGGAGGGUCAUGUGACUGGGUGAAUGAGCUUAGUGUUAGUAACCCAGUAUGUUAUUUAAAGGCUUGCCAUUAGUAUUGUGCUAGAGAACUGCGUGUCGAGAUCAUCAUGGCCGGUACAAACAAGAAACUGGUUGAUGCUGAUGAGAUUAAAAGGCUAGGAAAGCGAUUUAAGAAACUCGACCUAGAUAACUCUGGCUCUUUGAGUGUAGAAGAGUUUAUGUCCUUGCCAGAAUUACAACAGAAUCCCUUAGUACAACGAGUUAUUGAUAUAUUUGACACUGAUGGGAAUGGUGAAGUUGACUUUAAAGAGUUUAUAGAAGGUGUUUCACAGUUCAGUGUCAAAGGUGACAAGGAACAGAAACUGAGGUUUGCCUUUCGUAUCUAUGACAUGGACAAAGAUGGUUUCAUCUCCAAUGGUGAGCUCUUCCAAGUGCUAAAGAUGAUGGUAGGAAACAACCUCAAGGACACUCAGCUUCAGCAGAUAGUUGAUAAAACCAUUAUUAAUGCAGACAAGGAUGGAGACGGAAGAAUAUCCUUUGAAGAAUUUUGUGCAGUUGUAGGCGGCUUAGACAUACACAAAAAGAUGGUAGUGGAUGUGUGACUUGUCACUCAUCUCCACGCAACACUUCUGCUUUCUUCUCCAUCUCUGAAGAUCUGCUCAAGAUGUCCAGCAAUGCUCUCUGUGUAUUUAAAUGGAAGUAUUUUCUCUGUGAAGCCACUUUUUCCAACAUGAGCCUCAUGAAGCCAACUAAGUGUUAUUGAACUUCGAUUCUCUCAAUAACUUGGUGUAGCACUUUAAAGUCUGAAGGACAGCUUAUUGCGGAAAGAGCAUCUCAGUAUGGUGGAGGAAGGGAAGGGGUUUGGCUUGUCUUUUUUUAUUUUGAUUUUUUUAUAUUUAUUUUGGUCUUGUCUUUUUUUAACAAGGAAGUAUAUCUAUAGCUUUCUAAAGGGGGGAUAUGUAGUUAGAUGAGGUGUAACUUAAUGUACUUGAUUUCAGCAACACAAAAGAGUAUGAAGUGCCAAGCAGAACAUUAAGAAACCAGUUCAUAUAUAAAUACGUACCAUCCUUUAGUUUUUUGGAACUGGUAGAAGUACAUGAAGUACUGCAUGAUUGGUUUAAUGCAUUUUUUUCCAAAUACGUCCGUUUUCUAUUUACACUUUAUAUGAGCUGAUUUGAUUUGAACGUUUAAGCUUUCAAUCACAUUAACAAAAUAUUGUCGAAUUUUUGUAACAAGGGGAUUGUAUGUUUUAUUUAUAUGUUUAUAUUGUCAGGGAGUUAUUCUGUUCCUUGUUUUGCUUCUGCUAUACAGUAGAUAGAACUAGAUGCCAAGAAGUUGACAUGUCUUUGCGCAUACAAACUGCAGUUUACUUAUGGUAGGUAGAUUUCUGUGUUAUUCUGGUAACUUUGUAAAGUUCACAUCCAUCAAACUAUCCCCUAAGUCAUCAAUUACAGCAAAACAUUUCUAUUAAAAUCAGUUGGAACAUUUUAAUGUAUUUUGUAUUUUAUUACCUUUUAAACAGCUGUUAAGGUAAAUGUUUUGAAUUUUGAUUUACUUUGAUUAUACUAUAAAUGGUAAAACCUCAACAAAAUAAGUGUAAUGCAUAUAGUUUGUAAUCCGUGAAUAUAGGCGAGAUGCAUCUUGCUUUAUAGUGAUACAUUUACUGCAGGCAGCGUUAAAAACUUUUUUUUACCAAUAUAUGUAUAUUAGGUAAAUGAGGGAUACAUUUUGUUGACCUUUUACAGUUUUUAACGGAGGAAAACUUUACUUUUAGCUAAAUUUAUACCUCCAUGUUACUUUUUCAGUGCCCUGUGUUUUCUUUCUUAAAAACUGAGUUACUCUUGAUGUGUUUCAGUGUGUUGGAUUUAUAAUAGAAUACAUUUGUGAGUUUAAGGGUGUGCAUUAUCCAGGUUCACUUUACUCCCCACUUUCCAUCAUCCCUUCCUAGUUUGAGGGUACAAUUGGCUAUAAAUUAAAAGGUUCACAGAAACAUCUUUGGUUUGGAAUUUGGCUUCUUUAGUUAAGCUACUGAUUGCUCAGAAGGCAGGUUCCACUUCAGACUUUAGAACACAAGCACCUCCCUGCCUUAGCUGUUCUUCAGUUGAGUGCUGCACGUCCACGGGCUCUGUGUGUAAGAGAGAUCCAGGUACUUGGUGUCCUUGCAUGACAUGGAGUUUUUUUUGCAUGUAGAUCAAUUUUGAAAUGUUCCUCUUGUUUACAUUAAUUGUAAUGUUCAUAUUAUAAAUAAAAAUGUUGCCAAACUUUGGUUAAUGUUAACAUAAUUAAAAAAAACUCCACUACAUGUAUCUUUUAUCUUCUGGAUCAGUGUGUUGCUCGAAUUCCGGCAAACUUGCAUAUCUGUUCCAGUGUCAACUGCCAUGUGCUCUGCUUCAAGGGGAAACAGUUUGAGAUUUUUUUGUACAUAAGAAUUUAUUUACUUUCACUUAUCACUCUCUCCUCUGUGUUGCUAGUGUGUUACUUAGGCUGCAAUUCUAGACUUUAGUGCUAAGAUUCAUUCCUUUUCAAGGAAUGAGCUUUCAGUUUGUGUGGGAAAAUGGUUAAGUUGAAUGUUAAGCUUUUUUUUCUGCAUGCUGCACCAUAUGCUGUGGGAAUUGAAAACUUCAUUCUGUAUGAAAAUGAAAAUAAAACCAUUUGAAGCUUAAGUUGA